GGGGAGAGCUUGGUCCUGCCGAGUUAGGGGAAAGCGCCCGCUCUGACAUCUCAGGGGGUUCCUUAUGCUAAACCAGCUGCUUGUCUCGUAUCUUUUCCAUCUGUAACACAAAGAGAAGCACCGGGUGUCCGUGAGGCUGUGGGAAAGCAGCACCCUGCGGGGUCUGCCCCGGCUGUGACGGAUUGAGCACUUUGCAGCAGGGACCAGCCCUCCAGAGCACUCUGAUGCUCGCUGGUGCGAUGAGUUUGGCUGAUCCCUACUGGCUGGAGGAGCCUGAGCCCCUGGGUGGGGAUGUCAGCGGCAAUUCCCACUGUAUAGGUGUGAAAUGGGCUGGCUUUGAGAGGUGCCAGGUGCUGCUUUCUACACCUUCAGCAGAGCUGAGCAGGCACUGGGAGCUGGGUGAUGGCCCUGCUCGGUGCCGGGGUGGCCUAGACUGAGCUUAGCCAACGCUUUACACGUAAGGCUUCAAGCUCUCUGUCCCCCUAGAUCUCUCUUGCAUUUCCUGUCCUGGACAAAAAAUUCUCUUUCUGUCCCGUAUCUGCAUGUCUAUGGGCACAGCCUGUGAGGAGUCCCCGUGGGACAGACCCUUGUGCACAGGACUUCACCCUGGGCUGGGAGAGGGACUUUGUGUUCUUCCUGCAUUUUUCUCUGAUUCUUUAAACAUUGUAAAACAGCUUAAAUGAGUUGUCCAAGCUCCCUUAUAUUUGGAAAUCUUUUAUAUUUGUCUCUCUGGGAGCUCGGGGAUUGUCCUGUCUGCAGCCUGGAGAACAGGGCGUUGUUCUCACUCUGCACUGGGUGCUCCCACUGGUUGCUUGGCUGCAAAUCUGCCUUCCCCCAUGAAGCUGACCCACAUCACAAGCACAAAAUGAGGAUUGCCCUGGGGGAAGGAAAUAGGGGUGGCAAGCAGGAAAGUCCACCCUCAGCAUUGUCCAGAAACGAGGCCUGUAUUGAAUUUCUCAUUUGCCUUGCUCCACGCCCGCCCAAAUCCCACCAGCCUCCUCCUGAAUCACAGGAGCUCCCCACCUCUUUUCCCACAGAUGCCUCCACACUAAGCAGAGCAGCUCGAAGCUCCUGCUGGGUGUGCUGGUCCUGGAGCCUCUGCACUUCACAAAUGAAGCCACUCAAAGGGACCUUGCUGGGACAGGGGGAGGAGGAGGUGCAGGGACCGGCCCAGGGGUGCCGGCGGCGGCAGUGGCAGAGGACGAGCUGCCGACCCAGCCCGUCACCUCGAAGGGAGCAGCAGGCAGAGCUGUCCGGGCUCCCCACAUCUCCGGAUGAAGGCAGGAUGAGCAGUCCCCAGGGACACCCAGGUGGGGUUUCAGCCAGGAGAGAGCAGAGCGUGGAGCAGGUCAGUGAGGAGCCAGGCAGGGCCAUGCAGGAGCAGGCUGUGCACCCUGGGGACAGUGACAGGACUAAAGAAGAUGCAGAAAACCUGGAAGAGCUGCUGCUGAAUCUCCCCAGCGACCUCUCAGUGCUGGACAGACUCGGCUUGCACAGGGUGGCUUUGACAGAGCAGGAUCUGGAGGCAGCUUUUGCGCACCUCGCCCUGGCUUUUCGCUGUGAUGUGUUCACCCUGCAGCAACGGGUGCAGGUGGAGAAACGGGCACGGGAUGCAGCAGAGGAAAACAUCCAGGAGGAGCUGGGGCAGUGCCGAGCUGCCCUGGAGAGGCUGGGCCGAUCCUGUGCCAAUGCAGGCUGCAAGGAGACGCUGGAGCAGCUGCAGCACAACCUGGCCGUGCUGUCAGCAGCUGUUGAGAGGGCAACCAGUGCGGCGGAGAAGCUGGGGGCUGUACACCAGGAGGUCCGGAUGAGCCGAGCAGCAGAGGUGAUGGUCCAGCACGUGGAGAACCUGAAGAGGCACCACAUGCGGGAGCACACAGAACUGGAGGAGAUGAAGCGCCUGAUCCAGCAAAACUCCCGCAACCGGCAGCUGGCAGAGACCCAGGAUGAUGUGGAGCCACGGCUGAGACCUCACCCCCUGAAGAGAACUUUCCAGCAGGGGUCUGCCCGCCGCAGAGUCAGCAUCGCCGUCAUCCCCAAGCAGCUCUUGCCAGGUGCCAGCCCUGAGAGCCGAGUGGCCCCAGCAGGUGACCCAGAGCCAGAGGGAGCCCAGUGCUGGCCCAACAUCCAGAGGAGUGAACUGGAGCCGCAGGGCCAGGACAGCGCUGUGACUGGGAAGCUGGUGGCAGAGGCAGAUGGCAGAGGCUCAAGCACAGGGGACGAGGAGCAGGAGCAGCUUGGGCUGACGUCCAAGGGGUCUGCAGCAGAGCUGUGGCGUCCAUGGCUCUUCUUCCCACAGCACUAUUGGGUUUUCUUCUGGCUACUUCUCCUGAGUGUUGCCUUCCUCCUCCUUGUCCGUGUCCUGGAGUUGCAGCGGCUGCAGUCUGCAGCGUCACCCAAGGCCUAGCUGCACUGGCAAGGAGGAGCUGAGAGGCAUCUCUGCUCCUCCCCCACAUCAAAACCCUAGAAUAAUAAAAUGGGAGGAAAAAUGG